UUGGCCUGAGGGGAAUGGAGUUGUGACAUAAAGUUGUAUUUCAGUGUUUUUGACAUUUGAUUUGGGCAGAGUUACACAAUAAGUUACCACAUGGAAGUUCAGUUCUGUGUUUUAUCCAGGUCUUUACUUUUAUCCCAUACUUCUGAUAGUUUCCAUUUGAUCUUGGAAGAAGGGCAUUCUGAGCUGUUUUAGGAAACAUCACUGGGAGCACCUGCUUAAGUCUGAAUUCCUGUUCACAAACCACAACUUCAAGAACCCAAAACUCAAAAUUCAAGACGGUUGCUCCUUGCAUCAACCAUUUAACAGCUUUACUUUUCACCACAUUCACCUGCAACUUCGUCUUGUUCUGCAUAACUUGAUCUAUCAUACUGAAUGUUUUAACAUGUUGUCAGGGUGCUUGGAUACACAAACGUUCUCAUAGGCUGUGUCCGAAAUGGAUCCCUAACCCCUAUAUAGGUGACUAUAUGGAGGUUAGCGCUAUUUUGCAGGGUGUCCGAAACCUCAGUGAUAAAUUCCAGUGCCCAAUAUAGACAACUCAAAAUUUCCCAUAAAGCAUUGCAAAAUGUAAUGACCAUCCGAUGGUCACUCACCGGUGGUGGGCAUCCCGUCAUGCAUUGGGUCUUGCCAUGUAGUGUCCGAAACCUCUGGUGAUUGAGUUCACUAUAGUUAACUAUAUAGUAAAUCCCAUAUGGGGGUUAGGGGUUAGGGAUUGAGUGAUCCAUUUCGGACACAGCCACAGUGUGUUGAUUACUUGGUAUAGAUAUCAAUGCUAACAACAAAAAGGGGGCUACUUUACAAAUGUCAUUUUAACAUGUGACUGGAACUCAGUCAACUUGGGUGUUGUGUCAUUUAUCAGUUUGAAGGAGGCUGAUAUCACCAUUAUCCUUUCUAAAUGAAAAUAUGCAGUUUAGCACUGCUUCUGAUAGAGAUUUUAGCCAUGCUCUGACAUCUGUAGCAUGACAUUAACACUUGCCUUUAUUUUAUCUUUACCCACAAUAUUUACCAUAUACUUAUACUUCUUUUUUUUAAUAAUCUAAGAUUGCUAGUUCGUUUUUUGUGUUCAUAUUUUACAGAGCAAAAUAUUUUUCUGUUGACAUUUUUUGAUAAAAUCUUUUCUCAAGUAGCAACUGUGUUUCUGUAUUCUUAAUAUCAGUGAACGUUUGAAUUUUGUCAGACACUCAUCCAUUAAAAAAAUGAUAUCCCAUACUCAAAUUUGGGGGCCAAGACUUUUCAUUGUAGCUACAGUUCAACUACAAUUUAAAGAGGCAAGAAUACAAUUGAUGUAGUAUUCAGCACACACGUAUAAGGCUUUUUAUACAGUUUAAUUAAAGCUUAAUUUUGAUCAGGUGAGAGCAGAUCAGGCCGUUGCAUUUCAAGCUAUUUUAUUCUUUACCAGCGUUUGUUUGUGUUUCUCCUUAUAAAAUGUGUGCUGGUAUGUCACUAGUGCCCAAUAUGUGAAAUAUAAAUAACUUAAAGAUAGUUUGAUUGAGUUACUUUACCAGUUCUUAUCCAAAGUCUCUGAUGCAGUAUAGCAGAUCCAGAUUCCUCCGGUAACGUUGGACUCGCGAGAUGGCGACACACAAACUCCUGCUCCUUUGAAGAAAAAAAACAACAACAACAUAUAUUUCCCUCCAUUUUUGAACAUCCGGGUCACCAUAAUCUCCUUCCGUUGCGACAUAAACAAACCACGCGUCUUCACAGACGCCCAUUCCUGUAGUUGUGGACUGGACCUACCUGUGCGGAUAUCACCUGCUGGUUAACGGGGUUUGGAUGUGGCGUUAGUUCGGGCCGGUUCGGGCUAACUCAGUUAGCAUGGUGAGGUGUGUCGUCUCCGGGUGUCUGAACCGCUCGGUGCCGACUAACCGGGGGAUCUACAAACCUGCACCUAAGAGGUUCUUCAAGUUCCCCGAAGACCCCGCUCGAGUAAAGGUAAGGUUACUUGUGAAACUGUCAGACCCUAAUAUCAUGUAUGCGGUGUUUCUGCUUUCUUCGCUCCUCCGUUUACCUGCUGACGAUGCUGAAAAACCGUCUUUAGAAACGGACCGACAUGAUAACGCCAUAGAGGGGAAACUUAAUCCCGUUAAAACAUAAAAUUCGUCUUAGUGUUUUUAAAUUCGUUUUUUUUUUCCUGCUAAUAUUUUGUCUGAUUGGACUCUGAUUGGAUUGCAGUAGGUGACCAAAGUUAAACUAGUCUCCAUGGUAUAUUAAAGUGUACAGUGUUUUACUAAUUUACUUAUCAUAAUUCACAAAAAGGUCUUUCAACCUAACAAGAAAAUGUAAUAUAAACACUGAUAGCCAAUAACAUUAAACAAUUCUGAUUAAAAAAUAAUAGAUUUAAUUUGUAUUGCACUUCAAAUUUUUACAAUCUCAAAGUAAGCAGGGUAAGAUAAAAACAAUUAAAAUUAACGCAAUUAAAAUAAUGCUUAUAUAUAUAUAUAUAUACAUACACACACAUAUAUAAAUAGAUAGAUAGAUAGAAAGAUAGAUAGAUAGACAGACCUUUAUUAUCCCCGGGGGGAAAUUCAUUUUCACAGACACUGGCAUGGACACAUAGACUUAAGGACAACAAGGCACGUCCUUAUACUAACAAUAAGGACAGGGCACACAGGACAACACACAUACAGAUGAGGCAAGAGAUUAUCUUUGCAAACUAUUCAGGGCAGUGAUUGCGGAAGGGACAAAGCUCUUACUGAAAAGUGCUCGCUUCCACCUUAGAGUCCUGAACCUGAGGACAUUUAUAUAUAUAUGUGUGUGUGUGUAUAUAUGUAUGUAUAUGUACUCACACACGUACAUAUAUUAGCAUUAUACAACUCUUUUAAGUUUUUUUCCUCCUGAUCCCAGUUAUAUGUAAACAUGCCACUGAUAUUGUCUUUAAAAUAAGCAUUUAAAAAUAUUAAAAUUGAGCAUUUUCUAGCUUUAUGGACAUUAUGGGAUAUGUAUAGCCUUUAAGUGAAUUGUGUAUAAUGCACUGUGAAAAAGUGGUUGCAUGGUAGAUAGUGUAUACUGCUCAGUUAGAUUAAUAUUGCUUGGUGGAGAGUGCAUUGAGUUGAAAACCGUGUGCAGAGUUUCUUAAAAAAAAACCUGCAAUAUCAUUGCAAAUAAAUCACAGUAGCAAUCGUUUAAACUUAGCACUUGUUUAUCUUUUAAUUUUGGAUAUGUUAAUAAUUCUUAGGUCACUUUAUUAAUGUUAAAAAAUGUGAAAUCAUUGACUCAGAUUGAAAAGAGCUAUCAGGUUUGGCCUUAUUCUAGGUUGCAGAUUAUGGCUGUAUUUUCAGUCCUCUAAAUUCAUUAUUUCCUCUAUAUCAAUAACACUGGUGUCUUAUUUUUAGGUAUGGCUGGCGGCGCUCAGAGAGUUGGACAAAGAGGACUCCACAGAGCAGCACCAGAUCUGUGAGGAUCACUUUCUGCCCGAGGACAUCACUGCUGAUGGAGUUAACCCUCGUGCCAUCCCCAUCAUGCCCCCCGACCUGAGCCUGAUGACUCCCUGGGCAGCUGAGUCCUCAGAGGAGGAGGAACAGUGGGGGACAGGGGGCUGCAAGGAUGACGAGGAGGAGGAAGAAGAGGAAGGUGGAGAAGAAGCUUUUCUUGAGCUGGAUCCACCACAGCAGGUCUGGAGUCCAGUUUUGUAAACCUGUUGGCCCCCAUGAACAGAAGCCUUAACAUUGUUGUCACUUGUUUAACUCCUGACCAUGAGCCUGUGCUGCAUGAUCCCCCUUACACUCACAAUCUUCAUCCUCAGCCUCUCAGAUUCUCUCCAUCCAUCUUUUAUCUCAACUUCUAACCUUCACUCAAACCCUCAAACACACAAAUCCUCAUUGAGAGCCGCUGCCCACAGUUUUAAAGUCACUCUCUGUUUCCUUUUUUUUUUCUGGUGUUCAGGAUUCAGGUGCAGGUUUGGAAAAUCCCCCAGAGCCAGAGACCGCCAGGUAACAAAUUUCUAUUUGAUUAAUUUUUAAAAGAGAACCCCCAAAUUUUGAAAUUUUGCAAGCCAGAAAUUCUUCUUUUAUAGAUUGUCUGUAGUUUUCGUUUAAAGUCUUUUUUUGUUUUUCUUCCAGCACUGCAGAGCCACAAGUGAAUUCAGUGCCUGUGCGAAAAACUAGACAAGGUGAUCACUGCUAUUAUUAAAGUCAAAGGGUUAAACUCAAGGUUUAUGGGCUUCAUGCUCCUGAUCAAAGAUAUGAUUUAGCAGACCUCUGACAAUUGUGUGUUUGUGCAUAGAUGUGUCUCUGAGCACGCUAACUCAAGGUUUCCUCGAGCUGCUCAAAGCAUCUCCAGAUGGCUCCGUGGACCUUCGUGAGGCAGUAUACAGUCUGAAGACACGCCAGCGGCGAGUGUACGACAUCACCAAUGUCCUCGAAGGCAUCAACCUCAUCCAGAAACAGACAAAGAACAGAGUCAAGUGGAUGUGAGUCUAUACAGAUUGAAAAUUUAAUGAGAGGGCCCUUCAUGCGCACUAAAGCUGCUUUCUGUGUCUGCAGAGGACCUUGUUCCAUCUCCAGCAUCUUGUCUAAACAAAGUCAUAAGCUGAAGGAGCUGCAAAACCUCAAACAGGUGGAGAACACGCUGGACGGCCUCAUCAAAAGCUGCGCCCGACAGCUGUUUGACAUGACUGACGACGUGGAAAACGCUGCAUAUCCUGUAAAUAAGAGAUCAGGAGAAAACGUAAUCUGAAAGCAGAAAUAGACGUCCUUCUGUCAGAGGUUUCUUGCCUGUCUGUAUUUUUCAAUGUUCGCAAAGAGGCUCAAGAGAAAAACUUCCCACCUUCAAGUGAAAAGAUGCUCUCCUCCAAGCACCAGAGUUUGGUAGUGCUUGUAGUAGAAUUAUUAAUGAAUUAUGUCAGAGUUGUUUUUUUUUUUUUAAAUCUGUCUGCCAUCUUCAUCAGUUUUUCUUUUCAUCUCUCUUCUAUCAGAAUUUUUUUUUUUUAAAUGAUUUUUGUUCAUUAAUUGAGGAAGCAAUCUUUCUUUAACUCUUCUGUACAUGGGCGUACAUAAACCUCAAUGAUAUCGGGCAGCUUACAACCUUCCAGGAGCAGACGGUGAUUGUUGUUAAAGCUCCAGAGGAAACCAAACUGGAGAUCCCUGCACCGAGAGAGGUAGAGUGUGAAACCUGAGAGUAGAUGGAGAGAUGCAGCCCUAAAGAGUCAGUGCUUUUAUGUCAUGAGCUUUCCUUUUACCCUGUAUUUGUGUGUGUGUGUGUGUGUGUGUGUGUGUGUGUGUGUGUGUGUGUGUGUGUGUGUGUGUGUGUGUGUGUGUGUGUGUGUGUGUGUGUGUGUCUGUCUGCGUCUGCAGGAUGUCAUUCAGAUCCAUCUGAAGGCAGUGAGAGGCUCUAUCAUGGUGGUAACCUGUGAGGUGGAAUCAGGACAGACCACAACCUCAGAUUCUGGAGAGAAAAGCAGAGCCUUCCUAACGCUGGAGGGCAGCCGGAUCAAGACAGCGACACUGAGCACAGGUGACAAGAAUGAUUAAACACGACAAUUUCUAGUAUCGUAAUGACAAAUAAAAGAAGAUUGUUUUCUGAUGGGUCAUAUUUCUACUCUUGUUGUAAUCUUGUUCUUUUCAUGCUGUUGUUUCAGGAUCUUCAGGUCUGCAGAGUGCUGUGCAAAGUGCAUAACCGCCAUAAGACCACCGGGAAGCGCUGCACACCAUCAGGGUUACCUGAAAAGAGGCCGGAUGACAGUGUCUGCAGGUACAAAACAGAGACUGUAUGGUUUAUGGACUACAGUAUAAGAGACACUGUCUCUGCAAUAGGCUAGUGACUAUAAACAAACCAGCAGUCCAGGCAUGGUGGACAUGGAUACAGAAAGCCGCUAGCAUGUGAAAAUAAUAAUGAUGAAUUUGACUGAGUGUAGAAAUUGUUAGACUUCUUGAACGGUCAUUUAGUCUCAUGACUGACUAUUUCAUAUUCCUGACACUACAAACAGCCCAGAGGUGGAGCUCAGUGACUGAAUUAGCUGAGGGGUCACCUUAACAGACAGCUAGCAGCUCCCAUCUGUCACUCUAAGAGGCCACACCCCCUCAUCAUAUAAAAACGUUUUUAUUUAGACAAAUGUAAACAGGUGAGUCUGGUUUGAAAUGAGCUACAAAGACCAACACUGUUUCUCUACCAGGCUGUGAAGACAUUUAUUUCUGCUAUAAAGUUGGACUUUUGAACAUGGUGCUCGAUGGGGACUGAAUUCACCUUUGGACACAACCCCUGGUGGACAUGUAAGGAACUGCAGUUUUUGGCUUCGCUCAUGAGUCAGCUCCCCAAAGAUGUUGCUUGGUACUGAUGAAGUACAUGCAUCAGUUUCUGCGCAAAGGACAAACCACUUUGAAGGUUUAAAUAGGAAGUCUUUAUUUAUAGACUAUUUUUUUGCAUCCAAAAUCUUGUUUUUAGAGAUCACGGGCUGAGACGGAAAGUGAUGAGAAUGAGAAAAGGCCUACCUCUCGUUUUUUGUAAAAGACUUAAUGAAGCA